GAACCACGGCGAGUGCGUUGCUGCUGGCUGUUUGCUGGAGGCUGCGGUGUCUAUACACCUCGGUGUGGGGUCUUCUCUUUCUUUCUUUUUAAUUCAAUUUUGCUGCCGCCGUUUUGGCUUGCCACAAGGGCUGCCGCCGCAGCUGCAGCAGCAGCAGCAGCUGCUGCUGCAGCAGCAGCAGCAGCAGCUGCAGCAGCAGCAGCAGCAGCAGCAGCAGCAGGGCCUGCAGCACUGGCAGGGCGAGCUGCAGCACGUUGAGCACCCACAGCAGCAGCAAAUGCAGCAGCUGCAGCUGCAGCAGCAGCAGCAGCAGCGGGAGCAGCAGCAGCAGCAGCUGCUGCUGCUGCAGCGCAUGCAGCAAGACAAAAAAAACAAAAAUGGCAAAAUCCAAAUGGUAAUGCUGCAGGCCCCUGGCCGCUGCAUUUCUUCAGUUGUAAGACCUGUGUCUUUGCUGCUGCUGCAGCAGCUUUUUUCUCCCGCCAUUAAACUUGUGGGGUCCUGCUGCUGCGGCUGCAGCGGCGCUGCAGCAGACGCAGCAGCAGCAGCAGCAGCAGCAGCAGCAGCAGGAAGCAAAAGAGCCUGCGGCGUUCGGCCCCUCUGCGGGGCUGUCACAGUGCCAGGCUCCAAAUCUGUUGCUAACAGAGCGCUGCUGCUUGCUGCUCUGUCCGUCGCCUUGAACAGCAGCAGCAGCAGCAGCAGCAGCAGCAGCAGCAGCAGCAGCAGCAGCAGCAGCAGCAGGCGAGUAGUGCUGAGCCAGCUGCCGUGCUGCAGCGACACCGUGGCGAUGGCUGUGGCGCUGCAGCAGCUCGACUUUGUGUCUUUGGAAAUAAAAGAAGGCAGGAGCCGCCAAACGUUUACCUGCGAGAUAAAAGAGAGGAAAAGGAAACCAGAUGAGCCUCUUGCUGCUUCUAUGCAACCGGGCUGCUGCGUGGCUCUUUGGUGCGGCGGCAGCGGCACUGCCAGCCGCUUUUUGCUGCCGCUGUGUCUCUUUUUGCUGCUGGACUCUGUCUUUGCUUGGGCCUGGAGGCUUUUAAAAAAAGAAGCAGCAGCAGCAGCAGCAGCAGCAGCAGCAGCAGCAGCAGCAGGAGCAGCAGCAGCAGCAGCGGCGGGGGGAGCGGGAGAAGACGCGGCGGAAACAGCAGCUCCCGGUCGCGCGGGCGGCGGCGCGGCCGCAGCAGCAGCAGCAGCAGGAGCUGCUGCUGCUGCUGCUGCACCUGCCGCUGCUGCUGCUGCACCUGCUGCUGCUGCUGCUGCUGCUGCACCUGCUGCUGCUGCUGCUGCACCUGUUUUCCAGGUGCUGCUGGACGGCGACAGUCAGCUGCGGCGGCGGCCAAUCGGCGACUUGGUAGCAGCAGCAGCAGAACUGGUGAAAGGAGUUUCUGUUUCUUUUUUAAAUUCAAAUAAUUUAAAUUUUGGAAAAAAAGAAAAUAAAGAAAUUAAAGAAACAGCAGACACAAGGAAGCAAACGCUGCCGCUGCUGCUCGCCUUCGACCAGCCGCUGCUGCUGCUGCAGCAGCUGCGGCAGCAGCUGCAAAAAGCAGCAGCAGACGCCUCAAGCAGCAGCAGCAGCAGCAGCAGCAGCAGCGGGAGCCCAAGCAGCAGCAGCAGCAGCAGCAGCAGCAGCGGGAGCCCAAGCAGCAGCAGCAGCGGGGGGCUUCGUCUGGACCUGCUGCCUGAGGCUGCGGAGCAGCAGCUGAAGCAGCAGCUGUGGCUGCUGCUGCUGCAGCAGCACAUGCAGGGCGGCAGCAUUUUUGUUUCAAAUGCUUUGAGCAGCCAAUUUGCUUCUGCUGCAGUGAUGGCAGCAGCCCUUUGCGUCUCCCCGGUCACAGUGGUCCUGACCACUGGUCCGCAGCAGCAACCAGCAGCAGCAGCAGCAGCAGCAGCAGCAGCAGUAGCAGCAGCAGCAGCAGCAAAGCCAAUUGAAAAGGAGACAGAGGCUUUGUCUCUUCCUUAUCUCAAAAUGACGCAGCGGCUCAUGCAGUUGUGGGGUUUCAGCUGUACGUACACCCGGCCUCCCGCCUUCCACAUCAAGCCCGUGUGGGGUGACCAGUGGUCACAGCCAGCAGCAGCAGCAGCAGCAGCAGCAGCAGCAGCAGCAAAAGCGGCAGCAUCAGCAGCAGCAUCAGAACCAACCACUGAAACAACAGUUGCAGCAGCGCGCAUACCCGCAGCAGCAGCAGCAGCAGCAGCGGCACAAAAGCCGGAAGCAGCAACAGCAGCAGCAGCACAGGCACCCGCAGCAGCAGCAGCAGCAGCAGCAGCAGCAGCAGCAGAGCCUGUCUGCAGGCACUUUGAAGUGGAAGGAGAUGCUUCAACAGCUUCUUAUUUCUUCGGUUUUGCUGCUGUCACUGGCGGCAAGAUUUCCGUUAAUGUGUCUCUGGACUCCCCCCUUCAGGGAGAUCGCUUUUUCCCCUUGCUGCUGUCGGCGCUGAAGCUAGGGCGAGUAGACCAGCAGCAGCAGCAGCAGCAGCAGCAGCAGCAGCAGCAGCAGCAGCAGCAGCAGCAGCAGGUGACAUUUUGUGGGGCCUCAGGGGGCCCCCAAACAUUAGAAGGAAACGUGCUGAUUGAUAUGAGGGGCAUGAGCGACUGCGUGCCAACUCUUGCUGCUGUUGCUGCUGCUGUGUCCACCCUCAGCUGCUGCUGCAGUGCUGCUGCUGCUGCUGCUGCUGGUCCCCCCGUGCUGCAGUGCAGCGAGGCUGAGAAGCAGCGACUGCAGCAGCUGCUGCAGCAGGAGCUCGCGUCGGUCAAGCAGCAAGCAGCCAGCAGCAGCAGCAGCAGCAGCAGCAGCAGCAGCAGCAGCAGUGAGGAGGAGGAUGCUGCUUUCAGCUGCUGCUGGACUGCAGCAGCAGCAGCAGACUGGCGCUACCUCUGCAUGCACGGACUCUCAGGAGUGAAGUAUAAAGAGUGCAGCAGAUUGGAAGCUGUUGCUGCUGAGCUGCAGCAGGCCAGCUACCCCGCCUGGGCAGCAGAAGACUACUUAGCCAUAGCUAUGCCCCCGCCCCAGUUGCUGCAGCAGCAGCAGCAGCAGCAGCAGCAGCAGCAGCAGCGAGGCGAAACGGCAAGUGGUAGCAGCAGCACGACCUGCAGCAGCAACGCCAGCAAUGGCAUUAGCUGUAUGAGCAACAGCAGCGCCGUCAGCAGCAGCAGCAGCAGCAGCAGCAGCAGCAGCGAUACGACCAGAAGCAGCAGCAGCAGCAGCAGCAGCAGCAGCAGGAAGCUUUGCUUAAAAAGCUACGGGGACCACCGCUUGGCGAUUGGCAGUGCGUGGCGAAGACUUUUAUUGACUUCUGGAGAGAGGCGCAAACGGCCCUGGGCCUUCGAGCAGUUCAUAUCUAAGCAGCAGCAGCAGCAGCAGCAGCAGGGGAGCAGCAGAAGCAACUACUGCAGCAGCAGCAGGAGAGCAGCAGAAGCAACUACUGCAGCAGCAACAGGAGAGCGGGAGAAGCAGCAGCUGCAGCAGCAGCAGCAGGGCAGCAGCAGAAGCAGCUGCUGCAGCAGCAACAGGAAAGCAGCAGAAGCAGCUGCAGCAGCGGAAGAGCAGCAGAAGCAGCUGCAGCAGCAGGAGAGCAGCCGGAACAGCUGCUGCUGCUGCAGCAUGAUAGUAGCAGAGGCAGCUGCAGCAGCAGCAGCAGCAACAGCUUAUGAUAGCCAGCGACCUCUGCAGCCGCGGCAAAAGCCAGAACGCCAGCAGCAGAAGUACAGCAGCAGCAGCAGUAGUGCAGCAGCAGCAGCAGCAGCAGCAGCAGCAGCCCACGGAAAAACUGAGAAGUCGCAGCAGCAGCAGCAGCAGCAGCAGCGGCAGCAGCAGCAGCAGCGGCGGCAGCAGCAGCAGUUGCUGCUGCUGCUAAUGCUGCUCCCUGAGCCGGAUGCGGUUGCUGCUGCUGCUGCGUCAGCAGCGACACAUGAUCGCGGUUUCACACUGUUGCUGCAGCAGCAGCAGCAGCAGCAGCAAAACAUUUGA